AUGGAGUCGACAAGCAGCAAUCCUGGGGCAAGCGCGGGAUAUCAGUACGAAGGGCCUCCCGCACCUUCGGCCGGUACAGAGCUUUUGUACCCUCUUCCUCUCCCCGAUAACAUUAAGCCUCGACCCCUGACCACCGAGGAGGAAGCACGCAUCGACACUUUAUCUCGCCUGCAAUUCUUCCUCGCGACUGCUCCCACAAGGUGGCAGGACAAUCCUGGGAUGAUAACAUCGCGUAUCUCCAAGUUCCAGCUCCCCAACGGCGAGUGCAUCUCGUGCGUGCUCUGGAACGGUCUCUACCACGUCACUGGUACCGACAUCGUCCGUGCUCUGGCCUUUAGGUUCGAAGCCUUUGGUCGACCCAUCCACGCUACCAAGAAGUGGGAAGAAGGUGUUUUCUCUGAUCUGAGAAACCUCAAACCUGGAACCGAUGCUUGUUUGGAAGAGCCAAAGUCGCCGCUAUUGGACUUUUUGUUCCGGAACGGCUGUAUCAGGACCCAGAAGAAGCAAAAGGUAUUCUACUGGUUCUCUGUUCCCCAUGACCGUCUCUUCCUCGACGCGCUCGAGAGAGACCUCAAGCGUGAGAAGGCCAACCAAGAGCCUACCAGUAUCGUCGUCGGCGAGCCGGCUCGGAGCUUCAGGUAUGACCCUCGCCGCAGCUUGUACGACCAGUUUGCCGGCCAAAACCCCGGCCUCAACGUCCUUAUGCGCGACAUGGUCUCGUACGCCGACGCACCGAUGAACAACUACGAAAAUUCGUCCAUGUAUACCCUCAACCCGCUUGCCGAGUCGUACCUGCACCAGCCCCAGUACCACGACGAGCAGAUGCACAUGCACAUGCACGGGUCGCCUCCGCCGCGCGUCAUGCUCCCGUACACCCAUACCGCGUUCGAAGGGAGCCCGACCUACAAGCGCCGCCGGAUGAAGCCCAGAGAGUCCUCCGAAUCUGGCACCGCCAUGAGCGAGGACGCCAGGGGCCCCAGUGUCGACGUCAGGGACACUGACUCCCCCGACCCGGACCACAUGGGCGAUAGCUCUUUUGCUUCCGACGAGAGCAACAUGCUUCCUCCUCGCUCCAAGAAACCCCGCGCCAAGUCUAGGGCUCGGUCCAGGCUCAGCUCGCGCGGCGGUUCGACCGAUCCCCGCGAUGGCGAGAGUCGCAACUUUCUCUGCCCGUACGACUUUUGUCACCGCCCCUUCAAGAGGCUCGAGCAUCUCAAACGACACGUCCGCACCCACACGCAGGAGCGCCCGUACGUCUGCAAGCGGUGCGACCGGAACUUUAGCCGCCAAGACAAUCUCGCGAUGCACAUCAAGACGCACGAGAAGAUGGAUCGCGAGGGCGGGGUCAUGAGCGAUGAGGACAUGAGGGGAUACUCCGAGAGUCCCGGUCCGGACAUGAUGUACGACCAAUACUCGCGCGCGUCCAGCGCCAUGCCUCCCCCGUCGAUGGCGUACGCUCGUCACUCGACCCUCCCGCCCAACUUCUCCUCGGGCGCGCCUAUGGGUGGUUCCCCCUUCCACCGGUCCAUCACCCCCUCGUACGGUGCCCCUGCGCACAUGCUCAACGUCCCCUUUGGGACCCCGUACGACAGCUCGCGCCGCCACCGCUCGGCUACCCCUUAUGCGCCGGCCACGUCGUCCAACCUUGCGUACGCGCAGCCGGUCAUUGCUCCUCCCGUCGAUCUGAUGGGUGCCUACCCCACGCCCAUCUCGGCCAACGACGGCAGCGUCCUGUACGGUCUCGACGCCAUGCCCAUCCCGAUGGAGAUGACGACCUCGCAGGACGAGUCGAACCUCCCCACGCCGAUGCCGGGGCAGCACCACCAAGUACCCAUGCCGGUGGGCAUGUCGAUGCAGCAGCAGAUGCAGCAGAUGCAGCUGCCGGUCCCGAUGGAGAUGGCGAUGCCCGAGUAUGGCAUGCCGGCGCAGUACGAGACGGGGGCGGCUCAGCCGGGCUGGGGCUGGAGGAGCUACGAGCCGGGAGCGUUCGUCCCUUCCGAGAACGCCGAGGCUAGCGCGUCGGACUAUAGGGAGUAG